UGACAUGGAGGAGAGUGCAUUGAAUGGAGGGAGAGGGGUUGAGGCAUUGAGAAGCCUAGUGACAGGGGGACAGGAGAUGUGACAUGGAGGAGAGUGCAGUGACAGGAGGGAGAGAGGUUGUCACAUGGAGGGCAGAGGAGUGACAGGAGGGGAAGCAGUUGCCGGACUGUGUGUGACAUGCAGAGUGCAGUGUACAGAUGGGAGAGAAGGGGUCCACCGUCGCCUGCAGGACAAUACAGUGAGGGAUGAAUGAGAAAAGACAGCACACGGAGGAGAGUGCAGUGACAUGAGGAAGGAGAGCGUCAAGAUGAGGCAGAUUACAGUGAGAGGGGUUGUGGUAUGAGAGUGCAGGAUAGAAGCUAAAACUGCCGCACAACCAGACGAGGGCAGAGAAAGAGACGUCACUGAGAAUGACCUGAUGGGAGAGAUAACAGGCAGUGAGAGUGCAGUGACAGGAGAGGAGGAACGUGUGACAAUGAGAGUGCGCCGCCAGGAGGAAUAACGUAGGGACAGUGGAGGAGGGAGAGCAGGAGCCCGAGCAGAGGGCUGAGGACAACGACAGCAGCAAGGAGUCUGCCAUGAAUUCAGUGUGGCUGUGAGACUCUUCAGUGACAGUUGUGACAUGGAGGAGAGUGCAAGUUACAGAAAGGAGAGUGACUGCAAGGAGUGAGAGAAACAGUGACAUGGAGGAGAGAGCAAUGACAGAAGGAACUGGAAAUGUGACAUGGAGGAGAGUGACUGACAGAGGUGAGAGAAACAGUCACAUGAAGGAGAGAGAAGAGCAGUGACAUGGAGGAGAGUGCAUGUACAGAAAGGAGUGUAUCUGCCAGGAGUGAGGAGAAAAGGUGACACUUUGGAGGGGAGUGCAGUGACAUGAAGGGACAGGCAUAUCGAGGGGAGUGCAGUGACAUGGAGGGGAGUGCAGUGACAUGGAGGGGAGUGCAGUGACAUGGAGGGGAGUGCAGUGACAUGGAGGGAGUGCAGUGACAUGGAGGGGAGUGCAGUGACAUGGAGGGAGUGCAGUGACAUGGAGGGAGUGCAGUGACAUGGAGGGAGUGCAGUGACAUGAAAGGGAGUGCAGUGACAGGUGCAAGAGGACGUGAGGAAGGGGGCAGUGUUGGGGGAAUGCAUUGGAAAGCAAUAUGGUUGCCUGAUGAGAUAGCACACCUGCAUGGGUGAGGAACAGAGGAGGAAUCUGAAGAAGGGAGAGAUGCCUGUACAUAAGGUCUAGGGGAUGUUCUCCAUGGUUUGCACUGAGAAGUGUAGAACAGGCGCAGUAAUAUUGGGGCAUUAUGGUUGGAUAGCUGGGGAACAACAGCUUUGGUGAAUGUAGGAAUAAUGCAUGGGGCAGGAUGGUGCAAAUACUAAGAAUGAGAAGUAGUUCUGACUCUAAGGAGCUGUGGAGGAGGUGAAAGAAGGAGAGCACGCAUGGAUAGUGCUGGAACCAUACCUGUCCCAUGGAGACACCUGGACGUUACCACUAGAACUACAUCCUGGAUCCUCUGCAGUUCACAUUUCACACAGGAUGUUGAGUGUCCGACUUGAAGACUUUUUGGAGAGGGCCACCCUUUCUUCAGCAUCUCGGAGGGCUUCUCUUGGGCCUCACGGCAACAGUUCUGGAAAUUGUUGGAUUUUCCUUUCUGAACCAUUUUGGAGUUUAUACUACUGGGUCCUGCUAGGCCUUGGGUCAAACAUACCAAUACUUUCUGGAGGUUGCAUCAUCUGUGGAGGCCAGCACACUGGAGAUUGGACUCAUCAACAUAUGGAGGCGGAAACUGCUUUAAACCACUCAAACUGUUUGUGGAGGCUGCAUCCACUGCUCUGGAUUGUGCAAUGUCUUGUGCCCAGCCUCCCACUCCAAGGUCAACGUCAGCUUCAAGAUUUCCAGACCACUCGUCUUAGGCAGGGCUUGGUAUCAGCCGACACGACCUAAAAUAAAAGGGUGGCAUGGUGAUGGUUGAGGAAGCUGACAGACAGUUUUGAGGGAGUUGUAGUGGGCAAGAUAUGAGCCUAAAGGCUUCAGCUAUGGUGGGCAUCGAUAAUGGGGCAAAGCUGCAGAGAAGGAAAUGGAAAGUUAAAGGAGGCUGAUGAUGAGAGGGCAAAUGGAGGAUGAGAGAGUUGUGGACCAGGAGGAGAGUAAAGUUUCUUUCAGGUCUCGAAGUAUCCCAGACCAGGGUUAGAUGGUGGGAGGAGGAGGAGAAUCUGGUGAUCCAUUCCUGAUAAGGUGAUCAGAGGGUGGAUGAUGGGUCAGAAAGAGAGUGAAGGCUGGAAACAGGAGUGGUCUUGAUCAGAGAGAGAAGAUGCAGAAUAGAGGUCUAAGGAAAGAAGAAAUAUUGCAGAGGAGAGAAGGGAGGCUGCAUGGCUGGACAUCUUGUGAUGGAGCCAGUGGAAGGAGGCUGGAUGGAGAAGGUUAGGAAAGGAGACAUGUCUGGAUGGAGGAGGAAUCUUGCAGCAUAUGGCUGGAGAUCCAGACAGAAGGAAAGGGAGAGGAUAUUGCAGAGGAAGGCUAGAGCAAGGAGAGAGGGAAUAGGGCAGAUGAGAGGUAGUGCAUGUGAAGAGAAGGGGCAUCUUGUGAUGGAGCCAGUGGAAGGAGACUGGGUGCAGAAGGUUAGGAAAGGAGAGAGGUCUGGAUGCAGAAGGAAUCCUGCUGGAGAUCCAGACAGAAGGAAAGGGAGAGGAUAUUGCAGAGGAGGGCUCGAGCAAGGAGAGAGGGGAGGCUGCAGAAAUAUCUGCUCAUCACGUGUGCCCGGGGGCGGGCCCUGUUUUACUAGUAUUUACUACGAUCCCCCUAUUAGCUCAGAGCCCAGGCUGUCAGCCUGUUCAUGCCAUGCACUAAUCACCCUCUGCCCAGGACCCCAGCCCAGCAUGGCAGAGCCACUUGCGGACCUGAUGUCAACAGCCGCUGCCAGGGGGGACCUGGAGCAACUAGAGGACCUGCUGCAGAGGACGACCAAUGUGGAUGCACCUAACAGAUUCGGCAGGACAGCCUUACAGGUGAUGAGGCUUGGUUGCCCGGCCAUUGCCAGCCUCCUGCUGAGAAGAGGCGCCGACCCCAACCUCCAGGACCGCAGCGGCUUCUCUGUCCUCCAUGACACUGCCAGGGCCGGCUUCCUGGACACUCUGCAGAUUCUUCUGGACUUCCAGGCUGAUGUCAACCUGAAGGACCACGACGGCAACAUAGCCUUGCACCUGGCAGCCAUGGAGGGUCACCUGCCCAUGGUGCAGUACCUGGUCCUGCAAACUGACACCCGGGUGACCCAGAGGAACAUGAAUGGGGACACUCCCUGUGACCUGGCUAGGAUGUACAAGAGGGAGCACGUGGUGCUGUGGCUACAGAGCAAUGCCAGGGGCCAAACAGGAGAUGGGCAGUGAUGCCGGGGGAAGGGGGCCCAUCCAGGAGAAGCCAGCCUGCAGAUGCAGUGAUUAUUGGCACCUUUCAAUGUUAGCAUGGACCUCAGAGACUUUAUGUGAAGCUAAGAGUACACUCGGGGAUGCUGCAGGCCUCUGCUGGCUGGAUGGUAACCUGAGGGGUGUCACAGGGUCAUCAUUUUGUUUGCUUUCACCUGGUUUAAUAUGAAUGUAAUAUUUUUUUUUUUUUAAAGGGGGGUGGGGGUGGGGGUGGGGAUGUUCUUACAAAUUGUAGCACUUAGUGCACCAGAUCCAGGGCUGAGGCUGGUAGCAAGCACUAUGUUGUGGGAAGGGGAUCCCCACAGAGACUGCUGCCCAUCUGCUAGGCUUAUGUGCUCUAUUUUCUGAAGAUCUGCAGCCAUUCCCUGUCCAUGUAGACCUCUGUAUUUGUGUUCUGUUACUUCCUCAUUGUAUGGACCAGUCCGGAGCUUAGGACAGCCAGUGAUGAAGCCAUUGUCACUGGGCAGAGACUGACCCGGCAUCCAAUGGUCUGAAAAUACAAGUCUGUAGAAAUGCACAGAGGCUGUCUUGUUGUAUUCUCCAUGCCUCUGGUCAAGAAAUGGUUAAAGUCAGCUCCAAAACUCCUCCUCAAAAUCUUCUUCCCUGUUCUCUGUGCAGGCUGGAUGCCAUGCAAAUCUCCAUGUCCAUUGUAUGCGCUGUAUCUUUGGCUGCAAGUAAAUCAAUCACCUUGGUACCAUG